AUGGCUCACGCUGCCCGCGAAGCUAUUUCUGUUUCUGUUGGUCCAAGAAUUGAUAUUCCUUUGGGCCGCAGAGAUUCUUCCAACCUACCAAAUUCAUCCUUAGCAGAUUCUUCACUUCCUCCUCCAAACUUGGGAGUUGAUCACAUGCUUCGUCUCUUUGCCCAAAAAGGCCUCUCCCUUGAAGAAUCUAUUUCCAUCAAUGAUUUUGGACGCAUCGAAAUAGGAAUUUGUCAUGAUAUAAGAUUUCCUGAACUGGGCCCUACUUUGGAUCUUUAUGUUCCUUAUGUGAAGGAGGGUGUUAAGUUCGCUGAGGUCCUCGAGAAGAUGAGGGCAGAAGUUACAUGGACAGAGAAUAGCGUCAUGGUUAAAGAACCUCCAAGGAACUCUUUCUGGAAUGAAACAUUUGCGUGCCAUUGA